GAUGGAGAUCAUGGCUUCCACGUCCAUGAAUUUGGUGACAAUACAAAUGGUUGUACCAGUGCAGGUCCCCACUUCAAUCCUGAAGGCAAGCAGCAUGGUGGACCAACUGAUGCAGAAAGGCAUGUGGGAGACCUUGGCAAUGUGACUGCUAAAGGAGGAGUGGCAGAAGUUGCAAUAGAAGAUUCCGUCAUUUCUCUUAGCGGACCACGUAGUGUCAUUGGACGUACCAUGGUG